AUGGCUUAUUCAUCAAGAAUUGUAAUCGACGAUACUACCAAUGUUCAACGUGAAUAUGGCCAACAAAAUCCAACGAUUUCAAAACUCGCAAGAACCUCGAAUGAUCGCUAUACAUUUUCACCACAAGGUGAUAAUCGAUACAGGACCGACUUAAUACGAACAGACGACAGAUCCAAUGAAGGCAUACGACGAACAGACGACAGAUCCAAUGAAGGCAUACGACGAACAGACGACAGAUACAAUGAAGGCAUACGACGAACAGACGACAGAUACAAUGAAGGCAUACGACGACCUGUCGAAGAUCCAUAUUCAAUUAAGCACAUAGUUAAUGGUAAUAAUCGACCAACUACUAACUAUGAAUCAUCGAAACCAAUGCCAACAACGCAUGUUGUUGUCGAUCCGAUUCGUCGUCCAGUUCAUGGUAAUGCACGAACAGGUGUUGUGGAAAUUAAUAUAGCUGUUAGUUUCGGUGGUAAUCGAAAUUCUCAAGGAUCAUAUGAAAGAAUGAAUACUGUCGCAAGACCAUCUCCGCCGAUUCGUUCGCAAGCGGUUAUUGACGAUGUUGGCUAUGUUGAUAUACACUUUCAAUCGCCACAAAAAACAGCUAAACUUUCAACCGAUGGUAUUAUACGCAAUCAAUCAUCACAGCCAUCAGUUAGCUUCUCAAAUACUAAUGCAAACUAUUGA